AAACAACAUGGCGGUCUUGGGACAAAUUUCUGAGUUUUGAUGUUCAAAUUCCCCUAUUUGCUUCGUUCUCCAAGGACUAAAUCUUACAACUAGUGAUGCCUCCUAAAUCUUCAAAAGGUCCAUCAAAAGCUAAUGUUGAAAAGUUGGCCUGGAAAUGGGCUGAGACGACUGACCCAGCUGACAUCCAGGAAGAGCACGUCCAGCUGGCAUAUCGUCUCAACCUGAAGCGGUGUGACCACACUGGACAGCGCCGCAACUGUAAGGGCAAUCCUAUGUGCUUGAUUGGCUUAGGAGAGAAGGAAUGGCUUGGAGAGAUCGCUGAUGAGAACUGGCACGACAUCGAAGAUCCAGAGACAGAGAGGAGACAAAAGAAUUUGUUUGUUGGUCUAAAGAACCUCGGUGCCACCUGUUACGUCAACUCGCUCCUCCAAGUCUGGUUCCACAACCCCAUAUUCCGUGCAGCAAUCUAUCAGUAUGAAGAAGAGCCAUCAAAGUCAGAUAAAGACUCGUCAUCUGACCCACAAACUAUCUGCGGCCACUUACAACUAGUCUUCGCCUUGCUCGAGAAGAGUAUGCGUCGAUACAUUGACCCGACACCGUUCAUCAACUCACUUGGUCUGGACACGAUGCAGCAGCAGGACGCCCAGGAGUUCAGCAAGCUCUUCAUCUCACUCUUAGAAGACAUGUUAUCCUCUCAGAUGAAUCCUCUCGUCCGGAGCAUUGUGCAGGAGUUGUUUUCUGGAGAAUAUGCCUAUGUUACAAGAUGCACCAAAUGUGGAAACGUCUCCAAGCGUCCUUCAAAAUUCUAUGAGCUUGACUUGAACAUCAAAGGUCACAAAGACCUUCAUCAGUGUUUAGAAGAGUUCCUGAAGGAAGAGAAGUUGGAGGGCGACAACCAAUAUAUGUGUCAUGUGUGCCAGUCAAAGCAGAAUGCUGGAAGGAAGAUAGCGUUGACUCAUCUCCCAAGAGUACUUAAUCUACAACUACUCAGAUUUGUAUUUGAUAGAAAUACGGGCCACAAGAAAAAGUUAAACACGUGCAUUCAGUUUCCCGAGGAGAUUGAUAUGAGUCAGUAUUUGGACCAUGACGUUGAAAAUGCCGAGCCGUACAAAUACGAACUGAAAGCCGUUCUAAUCCACCGUGGUCCAACAGCUUACAGUGGCCAUUACAUCGCCCAUAUCAAGGACAAGAAGAAUGCAGCCUGGUACAAGUUCAAUGAUGAGGAAGUUGAGAAGAUGAAGGGCAAUAAUCUUCAGCUUGGCAAUGAAGAGGAGAUAGAGGUGAACCCAGACAAUGCCGCCAAGCCCAGCAAGAAGCCCCGCUUGAUGAAGGGCACACAUGCCUCCAAGAACGCCUACAUGUUGGUCUACUACAAGAAAGCAGAUGAACUAGGCCAGUCUACAGACGCCAUUGGCUAUGAUAUCCCAGUAUCAGUCCAGGAGCAUGUCGCCAAGGAUAAUGUCAGCUUUGAGGAGUGGUGCAAAGAAAUGGUGGAGAUGAGGGACAGGAAUGUAGCUACUGGUAAAGCAAAGCAGGAAGAAAUCAAGACCAUGUAUCACCUGAUACAGCUCACAAAGGAUUGUGACUAUGAGUGGCUGAGCACGGAGUGGUUGUCAAAAUGGCUGACGGAUGUUGACAACGUGAAGAAAAUUGAAAACACAGCAUUGCUUUGUGUGCACAAGAAGCUGAACCCAGACAUAGUCACCAAAUUCAAGUGUGUCAACACAAGAGGGGCAGACCUUCUCUAUUGCAAGUACGAUGGUGGACCAAGGCUGACCAGUGAUAUGCUCUGCUUGGACUGCGUCAGAGAACGCUGUCGUAGUAUUCGCCUCAAGACCAAGACGACUGAGGAUAGUCUCUUCAUCUCCGCGGCUCUCAAGAACUUCACUCCAGAAGGAACAUGCUACUGGGUCGGGAAGGAAUCGUUACGCAGCUGGAAAAAGAUGGCGCUAGAACAGCUGAAUUCUGACGAGUCGCUUACAAACGGCCUGACGCAGGAAACUGCCGAGUAUGGCUCAGCAUCACAGAACACAGCAAACCGUAACAAAGAUUCUGGCAUCAAAGAAGAGGGUGAGAGUUUGACGGCUAAGGACAGUUCUGAUGCCCCUAGGUGUGUUGGUGUACAGUCUCACCACAUUUCUUCUCUAGCAUGCGAGGCAGAUGACACAACAUCAGAGGUCAAAGGUUGUGGAGCAUGCGACAUAACAUCAGAGGUCAAUGGUCAUGAUAGCAAAUCAUCAACAUUGAAAAGUGUGAUUGAAACGACUUUGGAAGAAUUGUCUGUAAGUGCUGAUGUGAGGUCUUCAGGUGGAAUUAGUCAAGGAGAGAAAGGAAGUUCUUCCAACGAUGGGGAUCAUUCUGUUGGUGUUGAAAGGUCCCAGAAACCGAUCAAAGACUCUGAGGUAGAUGACCUCUCAGACUCUGUUGGACUUCCUUGCACAUCAACAGAUCAGAAAACAUCCAAAGAUUCUGAAAAACGCUCUGGCGAUAAACGCACUUCCCAAGAUGGCGGCGAGAAGACGUCGCAGGUUGCCAAUGGCAAUGAGGAAGAAGAGGCGGAGGAUGAGAGUUUUGCUUUCAAUGAAGAUCUCCUCUGUGAGGAGCAUGGUAAGCUUUGUACUCAGACAGCCGAGCGUCGUCUGGUCUCUGAAGAAGUGUGGAAAAGAUUGAAGUCUUACUUUCCUGAUGCACCGGAGUAUCUUGAGACGAGUAAUCCUUGUGAGGAUUGCACAGCUAAAGCUCUUGAAGAGGCGAGAGCCAAGGAAGACAGCAAGACCUUCGCUGCUGAACAGAAGCAGUCUCUUCCAGACCUCUAUCAUGGCAAAGUGAGGCCAAAACUCUACACUUCACAAACAGAACUGUAUGUUGUCAACAACAUAUUCUUGGAAUCUUGGAGAAAGUUUAUAAGGAAUCCAGGCCGCGGUGAUCGGAUCACCGACCUGAAUAACUGUGUCUUACUCUGCGACCAUGACAAACUAACAUUCCAACCAGAGACGCUGAAUGCCUGUGAUGCCAGUGAAGACAAUGCUGUAACACUGCUAACUCCCAUUGAGUGGGAAAUCUUGCAACGUUACGUGGUCGUGGAUGAAACAGUGACGGUCUUACCUGUAAAACAAGAAGACAACUCGACAAUACUCAUAACAAACCCAGACGUCUGUGAUGACUGUAUAGCAAUGCGCCUCAGCGCCGCAGACUUUGAGAGAAUGGAUUAUAAAAACGCCAAAAUAUAUGUGCAAAGACUUUCUCCUGGGUCGGACUUUGCACCAUCGGGGAACGGUGAUGGGAGUAAUUCUGGGAACAGCUCUGAUCGGGAGGAUCCAGAAUUUUCAGAGUCAGGACCAAAGAAGAGAAAGCGUCUAUCUGGUGAAGAUGGCCAACCUCCAGUUCCAGAGGAAGUCAUUCCAGCCAAGGUCACACGAUGCAAUAAUGCGUCUAUUCGGCGAAGUUCUCGUCACCGCAAGGUCCGAGGGGAGAAAGUUGUGACUGUCGAUUCUAGCCAUACACUGAGAGACCUCAAGUUACAGUUGAUGAAGCUCUUCUCAGUGGCACCAUUCGACCAACACCUUGUGUUGAACGGGAAAAAGCUAAUGGACCAGAGCGCUACGUUGGCGAGUCUUGGUGUUUUACCUGAAUCUGUGCUCAAGUUGAAAGUGGACGAACCAAUGGAUGGUGCUUAUCUUAUCGAGGAGAUUCCGUCAUCUGCACCGGAGGAGGGAUUCAAGGGCACUGGGUUACUAGCGGGCCGGUAGGGUGGCCUUACAAGACACUGGGUUACUAGCGGGCCGGUAGGGUGGCUUUACAAGACACUGGGUUACUAGCGGGCCGGUAGGGUGGCUCUACAAGACACUGGGUUACUAGCGGGCCGGUAGGGUGGCUCUACAAGACACUGGGUUACUAGCGGGCCGGUAGGGUGGCUCUACAAGACACUGGGUUACUAGCGGGCCGGUAGGGUGGCUCUACAAGACACUGGGUUACUAGCGGGCCGGUAGGGUGGCUCUACAAGACACUGGGUUACUAGCGUGCCGGUAGGGUGGCUCUACAAGACACUGGGUUACUAGCGGGCCGGUAGGGUGGCUCUACAAGACACUGGGUUACUAGCGGGCCGGUAGGGUGGCUCUACAAGACACUGGGUUACUAGUGGGCCGGUAGGGUGGCUCUACAAGACACUGGGUUACUAGCGGGCCGGUAGGGUGGCUCU